UACAACAACAUCAUACAUGGCUAUUGCAGAAUAGGGGAUAUGGAUCGUGCAAAUAGUGAAUUUUUGGAGAUGACAAAAAGGGGUUUGGAACCUACUGUUUUUACCUACUCGAUAUUGAUGAAUGGGUAUUUCAGGAAAGGUGAUACCGAACGUGCCUUUAAUGUCUUUGAUGAUAUGGUGGAUGCAAAGAAAAUCCCCACAGCCUACACAAUUAACAUUAUCAUUGAUGGCCUGUGCAAAGUUGGCCAGACAUCUAUGGCAAUUGAUCUUUUGCAGAAAUUUAUUGAGAAGGGUUUUAUUCCUGGAUGUAUGACGUAUAAUAGUAUUAUACAUGGGUUUACCAAGGAGGGUGUCAUGGAUUCUGCACUGACUGUUUAUAGAGAAAUGUGUGAAGCUGGAGUCACUCCAACUGUUGUCACUUACACCAGCCUCAUUAACGGGCUAUGCAAAAGCAAUAAAAUAGAUCUUGCUUUUGAAAUGUGGGAUGAGAUGAAAAGUAAGGGCUUGAAAUUGGAUGUUGCUGCAUACUCUGCUCUGAUAGAUGGGUUUUGCAAAAGGCAAGACAUGAAAAGUGCCCGCCAACUUUUCUCCGAACUUCUGGAAGCUGGUUUAUCUCCAAAUACAGCUGUUUAUACCACCAUGAUUAGUGGCUUCCGGGAUGUAAAUAACAUGGAAGAAGCUCUUCGAUUACGUGAGAAAAUGAUAAAUGAAGGCAUUCCAUGUGAUGUGAAAACAUACACUGCAUUAAUCGAUGGACUGCUAAGAAAGGGUGAUGUAAAAUUUGCAUCAGAUCUUUUCUCAGAGAUGAUUUCGAAGGGAAUUAUACCUGAUAUCAACAUAUAUACAGUUUUAAUAAAUGGCCUUUGUAACAGAAGGCAAUUGGAGAAGGCACGUAAAAACUUGGAAUCCAUGAAUAGAAAGGGAAUGACUGCUAGUUCUCAUAUUUAUACUGCUUUGAUUGUUGGGCACUUUAAGGAGGGGAAGUUGCAAAAGUCAUUUAAGUUGCAUGAUGAGAUGCUUGACAAAGGCCUUGUACCUGAUGACAUUACUUGUGAUAUUCUUAUAAAUGGAAAGUUCAAAGGCAUAAAUGUUCUUCCGAGGACUUCAUGUGCCUAGGUACUGGUGGGUUGUUUUUGAUCAUGCUUCCAGCUCUUGUUUGCUCAUUGGGUGCAAAAUGUACUAUGACCUGGAGUUGUUCAUGGAGAGUGUUUCACAUCUCCUUAGGAAAGAUUAUUCCAGGCUUGAACUUUGUGGUUGUAUCUUUACAAGUGGAAUCAGUCAUCUUCAUUAAGGGGAAGAAUCUUAAAAAUAGAAUCUGCAAUCUGAACCUGCUACCAUCCCCUUCUAUCUGACUGAUGCUGGAAAUUGGAUGGAGAUACAGCUCAUAGAAAUUCAUUCCAGAAGCUUUCGGGGGUUCUAAUGUCUUUGACAAGAUUGAGAUAAUUUGCAGAAAUCUCAAUCUAAGAUG